UAUGCAUAACACGGUUUUGCGAUAUAAAGGACUGUGCGUCCAGCAGGUAGCAAUCACUCUUUACGAGGGAAGAAGAAGAAUCGAGACUCUAAGUCUGCAAUAGACAAUAUGAAAGGUCUUCAGGUUUUGCUCGUCUGCUGUCUGGCAGCUUUUGCCUUUGCAAAGGAUAAACGUGGAGGAAAUAAGAAAUUUUUCGGAGGAUUAAACCAAGGUUUCGGUGGAGUUGAUCCAGGAUUUGGAGGUGGUUUUGGAGGUGAAAUCAACCCAGGCUUUGGAGGAAGAUUCGGAGGAGUUUCUAACACCUGCAGACGUUGGUGCCGAACUCCCGAGGGACAGGCAUACUGCUGCGAGAGCAACAAUGAGCCUGACACCCUUCCCUUCGUGAAGCCAGGUGUAUGCCCUCCCGUGAGGCCUCAGUGCCCACCCGUCAGGACCUUUGCCCCUCCUCAGACAUGCUCCAACGACAGCAAGUGCGGAGGCGUCGACAAGUGUUGCUACGACAGGUGUCUUGAGGAGCACGUGUGCAAACCCCCUGUUGGGUCCUCCGGCUUUGGAGGCUUUGGGUUUCGUAGAUAAUUCUUAACUUUAUUUGGAAGGAACUUCAUUUCAAAUCAUAAUACAAUUCUUUAUUUUUUUUACACUUUACGGCUCAAAUAUAUCCGAUAAUAAAUAUUUUUUUUCAAUACAGAAUAUUUGUAUUAUUUG